AUGGCAAUGUCCAGCAUGCCCUCCUCAUCCUCCUCUGCCAGCAUGUCCGGCAUGGACCACGGCUCAAUGCCAGGCAUGGACCACGGCAGCACGGGCAUGACCAUGGUGUUCUUCACGGCCACCGACACGCCGCUCUACUCGACGGCGUUCACCCCUCACACGACGGGACAGUACGCUGGGAUCUGCGUCUUCCUCAUCGCGCUGGCAUUCAUCUUCCGCGGGCUGAUAGCGCUGCGAUGUAAUGCUCUAACGCUGUGGGCGAUGUGGAGGCGGAGGCAGGAUACGAGGAUUCUGCUGCGGGAGCCGGUGAAUGAGCGGUUGGCCAAGCUGGCGGAUCGGCCGUGGAGGAUCAACGAGGCUGCGGCGAUUGCGGUGUUGGAUGUGAUUUUGGUUGGGGUGGGGUACUUGCUGAUGCUGGCGGUCAUGACGAUGAAUGUGGGCUACUUCAUGUCGGUGCUCGGAGGCACGUUCUUGGGAAGUUUCAUUGUCGGGAGAUGGACGGGUGCUGCUGUAGUACACUAG